AUGUCUUGUGCCCUCUUUUUCAUAUCUAUCUAUCUAUCUAUCUAUCUCACUUUCUUCAUUAUCAAUCUUUAUAUUUCCAAGAAGCUAAUCAAUGAAAGAAAAGAUCUAUGUUUCUUUCUUUCUUUCAUUCUUUCUAAGUCUUACUCUUGUCACUGUCAAUUCAUAUCUAUCUAUAUAUUUAUCUAUCUACGCCUGUUUCUUUUUUUUCUUUCAUUCUUUCUCGCUUUCUCCUUCUCUCACGCUGUCUCUCUCUUUAUCCCAAUCCAUACAUUAUCUAUCUAUCUAUCUAUCUAUCUAUCUAUCUAUCUAAGUAUUCAUAUCUAUCUAUCUAUCUAUUUAUCUAUCUAUCACAGUCUGUUCAUAUCUAUCUAUCUAUCUAUCUAUCUCUCUAUCUAUCUAUCUAUCUAUGUCUGUUUCUUUUUUUUUCUUUCUUUCUCUUUUUCUCUCCCUCUGUCUCUCUUUAUCACAAUCCAUAUCUAUCUAUCUAUCUAUCUAUCUGGGCAAUUCGACGUGAUUAAUUUCUUCUCUACGCCAUAUCUAUCUAUCUAUCUAUCUAUCUAUCUAUCUAUCUAUCUCAGUCUCUUUAUCUAUCUAUCUAUCUAUCUAUCUAUCUCAGUCUGUUCAUAUCUAUCUAUCUAUCUAUCUAUCUAUCUAUCUCAGUCUGUUCAUAUCUAUCUAUCUAUCUAUCUAUCUAUCUCAGUCUCUUUAUAUCUAUCUAUCUAUCUAUCUAUCUAUCUAUCUAUCUAUCUCAGUGUUCAUAUCUAUCUAUCUAUCUAUCUAUCUAUCUCAGUCUCUUUAUAUCUAUCUAUCUAUCUAUCUAUCUAUCUAUCUAUCUAUCUAUCUAUCUCAGUCUGUUCAUACCUAUCUAUCUAUCUAUCUAUCUAUCUAGAUAUCUAUCUAUCUCAGUCUGUUCAUAUCUAUCUAUCUAUCUAUCUAUCUAUCUAUCUAUUUUUUUCAUCUCUUCAUAUCUAUCGAUCUAACUUUAUUUUCAUCUAUCUAUCUAUCUAUCUAUCUAUCUAUCUAUCUAUCUAUCUAUCUAUCUAUCUAUACACAGUGUUGUUAUCCAGUAAUGCUAAAUGUACCUAUAUUCGAAACGGCUUAAUCACUUCAACGUGUUGUAAUGGUUAA